AUGCUUUCGAUUACACGUGAAAAAUCCCGAAACACCAACAUUGAGUCACCUACACAUGUGCUGCUUUACACGGCCAACGGUAAAAUGGCAUCAAAUCUACAAAAUCAUGAAGCCAAAUUGCAGAAUUGGGCCCACGUGGUCAACAUAUUCAUGUAUGGUAUCAUCAACUCCGUGACGACCAUUCCCUUCCUGUAUGGAUAUGCCGUUAUCGUUUUCAGCCACAAGGACUUUGCAGACUUUAUGCCGGCACUCACAAAACUCAUCAUCUUUUCCAGUGCUGUGCAUCAAAUCAUGUUUACACUGACGAGCUCUUUGCCAUGCGCCAUCGGACAAGCACAAGAUGCCGGACUUAUUUUGCUCAGUACCAUGGUCACCUCUGUCUGUAAUUCAUUGGGUGACGACGUGCCGUUGGAAGCCAAGGUAGCCACUUCCAUCGUCGGCAUUGGUAUUGCCACGGCCUUAUUGGGCGUGUGUCUUGUAAUCAUGGGUAAACUCAAGCUUGCUGCGUUAGUGGCGUACUUGCCAGUGCCCGUUAUUGGAGGAUACCUUGCUUAUAUUGGCAUUUUUUGCUUGUACGCUGGACUUGCGCUUUGCACGGGUCUCGUUGUCAAUGACAUCAAGUCCAUGAUCGGCGUCUUUAACAACGCUCACGACGUUCUCCACUGCGUACCCGGUGUUGUUGGUGGUGUAUUUCUGCGCGUCAUAUCGCAGCGCUACAACAAUUCGCUCAUCCUAUCCGGAGCAAUCUUGAUCAUGCCCGUCGUGUUCUUCUUCAUCUUGUUGGUGGGUGGUAUCUCGAUGGACGACGCGCGCAACGGUGGCUGGAUCCAUCUUGGCCAGGAACCUGCCACAGUCUCGGAAAUGAUUGGUCUCUUUGACUUUUCCCUGGUUCACUGGAAUCAAUUGCCAAAACAGUUUGGAACGUGGAUCGUUAUGGUAUUAAUCGUUGCGUUUUCGUCCUGCAUCGAUGUUGCUGCUAUCGAGCUCGAAACGGGCAAGAAGCUCAAAUAUAAUUACGAGCUCAUGACUGUCGGCUGGUCCAACGUCGUCAGCGGUCUGCUGGGCGGAUAUCCGGGGUCGUAUAUUUUUUCGCAAACCAUCUUUACCUACCAUUCCAAGACCAACUCUCGCAUCGUUGGUGUUUGCUUGUUGGUCUCUGAGAUCGCGCUUGUGUUGGCUCCUGUGUCCGUCAUGAGUUACGUGCCGCGCUUCGUCUUCGCAGCGGUAGUUAUUUUUAUUGCCAUCGCGCUUAUGAUCCAGUGGCUCGUACUUUCAUAUCAGAAGCUGUCAUUGCGCGAGUACGCAGUGUUGUGGAUGACAUUCAUCGCCGUAAACGUCCUGUCACUCGACCAGGGUAUGCUCAUUGGAGUGGGUAUCGCGAUUGUCAAUUUCCUACUGGGGUACAUUCACCUUCCCGUUGUGAAUCGCAAGCCUCGUUCUUCUGGCAUGUUUCGUACUCUCGAGGAGCGUCGACUGCUUAAUGAAAAGUGCGAUACCAUCGCGUAUUUCGAGUUUAACGGCUUUCUUUUCUUCGGUUCGUCCGUGCAGAUCCUCGACCGUGUCCAGAAGGCUGUGUACGUCCGCAGACAAUUAUCGAGUGAUAUGGAUGAUGUUGAAACAAACUACGUCAAUGCUGCCAACUUGCCGCUCACCCCACGCGAACACCCGGCACCGUUGAUUAGGUGUCUGGAUGGGACUCCUGCUACACAUCCUGACGCCGUACCCACCAACUACGUCGUCAUGGACUUCACCAACGUCACGGCGAUGGAUACUACGGCCGCACGUAGCGCAUUCCUUAUCCUGCAGAAGUACUGCAGUAAUCACGACAUCACCGUCGUGUAUGCUGCAGCGCUUCCCCAUAUUCGCAGUACGCUUGUAAAAAACAACGUUGUGGGCAGUGACAGUUUCUUUCCAAGCACGGAGUCAGCCCUGGACUUCUGUGAGAACCAGAUCCUGGCAGGCGCCACGGGUGUACGCCGCAAGAGCAGCUUCCAUGACGAGUGUAGCAGGCAGCUAACGCAGUUUUUUGCGGGUGAGUCCGACGACUCGCAGAUCCUGAGCAAUAUCGAUGAGUUCUUCAAGAAACGCGAAGUGCCAGCCGGUCAUGAAUUUUAUAGCGUUGGGGAAUCAUCGGACCGCUUUUACUUUCUCGCAAGUGGUUGUGUCACGCUCAGCAAAAGCAACGGAUUGGAGGAGAGUGCUAGCAUCGUAAUGCCAGGGUCCUUGUUCGGCGAAGUAGACUUUUUUAGUCACCAGCAGCGGCAAUUAAUGGCAUUCGCGAUGAAGCCAUGCACUGUGCUUGAGAUGAGGCGUGGGACGUACGAGCUGAUGCAGGAGCAGCAUCCAGUCUUGUUGACGCGGAUUCGUGACGUAGUGAUACAGUCAAUGGCAGUCUCACUCAGCAAUGCCUUGAAAUAUAGUAGUAGAUGA